UGAAUACGGAUUGUGGAAGCGAACUUGCGUUGCUCACCGUCCUCGGAACGUGUCCAGAGCACGUCGGCAGAAUGUGCGUGCUUUCGUAGCUCGAACGCGAGCGGCUUCUGCUCCAGCAGUAGUUGUCCUUGUUGUCGAAAUUGUUUUCGCCGCUGUUCCUGGAGCUGAUAGUGUUCUCAGGGUGAUAGAGAGUCUCGCCAAGGAGAAAAUCACCAGUGUUCCGAAAUUGAUCGGAGGCCUCUGAAUUUCGGUCACGACAUCAGACAACCCCCAACAGCCAUGGGCUACGUGUUGGUGCUAUUCAAUUGGAUUAUUUACAUCGUUGAGAUGUCCCGCUUGAUUUCGAGAGGCAUUCGAGCCAUCUUCAAUCACUUCUUCGGUGUUUUCCGUCCGCCUCCGCCGAAAGAUGUCAAAGACCGAGUCGUCGUGGUCGCCGGAGCAGCAUCCGGGCUCGGUAGUGAGAUCUCACAUCGAUUCGCUCGAUUGGGAGCACAGGUGAUCAUGCUAGACAUCGAUGAGCACGCCAACCUACAGGCUGCGAACGAACUGCGACGGAUGGGAAACAAUAAGGUCUUUUCGUUCCCUUGUGACGUUUCCGUCGAAUCGCAAGUGAACGCUGUCGCAGCGAAAAUCUUGAAGUUCUUCGGCAAAGUCGACAUCCUGGUGAAUAAUGCGACCCGGUGUGAGCCUCACUCUGCGUCACCUCUCAUCCAGAGUCCGUCUGAGAGCAUUCAAAAAACUCUCUUUGUUAACCUUUUGUCACACUUCUGGAUGACGCGAGCAUUCCUGCCGUCGAUGAUUGAGAAGAAAUCAGGGCACAUCGUCGCAAUAUCCUCGUUGUCAGGACUCAUGGGUACUUCGAAAUACUCUUCAUUCUGUGCUUCCCAGCAUGGAGUGAUGGGUGCGAUGUCGGCAAUGGCCUCUGAGCUCGAAGACUAUCCGGGUAUCUAUGUGAGCACAGCUUGUCCUGUGGUUGAAGGCCCCAGCGUUGUCGAGAGCGCCCUACCUCCGGCUGUGAGGAAAUUCCUCGAUUUGGAACUUCCUUCUCAAAGAGAAACAGCCUCCCUUAUCGUUGACGCCGUUUUGCGGAAUCGGGAGUUCGUGAUCAUCCCUAGGGGUUUCACGAUACUGCGCUGGAUUGAUCAGUUACUGCCACAGAAGUUGUCGAAGUUCGCGCAGGAAGCCUUCAUGAAAGAAAACUCUGGAACGCCGACGCCCCUCUUCCAGGGGUCCACACUGCGCAUGACGAACGGCAAUUCUUGCCAUUAGGCUGCCGCGUUCGAGGGAUAGCCAUGUAAAGUGUAUGUUCCGUAAUGUAUAUGAUGGCGCAUUGAGCAUUUGCAUUCCUGGCGUCUGUAUAAAAUUGUUUCAUAUAGCUCCCAUGGAUUCAAUUGUCAAACUCAUCCUCGAUAAAAGGAAUCGA